UCUGUCGCUUCUGACUUUUGCCACCCAACACAAACCAGUCGAUCUACCUAACAUCGAUCAAAAUGUUGUCCAAAACCUUCCUCGCCCUCGCCACCCUUGCUACGGCCGUCUUGGCUGCCCCCGGGCCUUUGGCUCCCCCCAAGCCCGCCGGUGGAAACUCGAACGCUUCGUCCCCUCCCCCCGAGUACAAGCCCAUGUCCGACUUUGACUUCCAGAGUCUCAACUUGGCCUUGAACCAGGAGUGGAUCGAGCUCGACCUUUUCAACUACGGUCUCGCCAGGUUCUCGGACGCCGAGUUCGACGCCCAGGGUAUUGAUGCCGAGCAGCGAGAGCUCAUCCGCUUCAUGGCUCAGCAAGAGAUCGGACACGCCAACUUGAUCUCGAACAUCCUGCAGGGUGCUGGAGCCAAACAGUGCACGUACUCCUACAACUUCAAUUCGGUCCCCGAGUUCAUCCAGUUCUGCGCUAUCCUCACCCGAUUCGGAGAGUCUGGAGUUUACGGCUUCCUCCCCGCCCUCGACUCUCGUCCCGCUGCCCAGCUGCUCCUCCAGUCGAUCUCGACCGAGGCUCGUCAGCAGAUGGCUUUCAGGCAACUCGCAGGCGCGUUCCCCAUGCCGGUGUCGUUCGAGGCUGGUAUCUCCCAGUCCAUGGCGUGGACUCUCCUGUCUCCCUACCUUAUUUCUUGCCCCCAGGAAAACCCCAGAAUCCAAUGGUCCAGGUUCCCUACUUUGAACGUUCUCAACAAUCCUAACCUUACUGCGGAAGGCGUUCCGUCGGCGCUAUCGACCAACCGGACUCAGCUCACCUCCCCCGGCUACAACAUCGAGGUUACCUACGACGCUCCCGGCCAAAACGUGUCCUACAACAACAGCUACAUGACCGUUCUUGGGUCCAACGUCACUCAAACCGAGAACUUAACGUGUAAUUUCAUUUCGCAACUAAACACGACCACCUCUCCCUUCGUCAGACAAUCGAAUGGUUCCGGAUACUGUACGAUUCCUGAAGGUCAGGUCUACGAAGGUGUCUACGACAACCCGAUCAUCAACGGCACCAACUUCCUCCUCCUUACCAGCGAGGAGCUGUACGUCACUCCCUACAACCUGAGCCUGUUGGAUGCCGUUGUCGUUGCCGGACCUCAGGUUAUCGUCUACGGUUGAAGCUCUUGGGCCAGCUGAAAUCUGCAUGUGCUUGUGCUUAGCAACAUGCGGCGCUGUGACAACUUCAAUGAACCAACCAGGAUCUUUAGUCCGGAUCAUAUUCUUACUAUCCAUCACCAUAAUCUAUGCCGCUAUUUGCUUGCCAAAUGUAUCCAAUAACCUCGUAUUCUAUCCAAUCGUCCUGGCAACGUAAGCCAGUUACCACAGCUAGCAGCCACCUGUGCGCUUUGAGAUA